AUGAUCAAGCACGAACAAACUCUUCCUCAAUGCAAAGCCAGCAGCAUCCAUUCACGGACAAUAGCUUAAAAACAAGAUCUUCCCGGAAUCAGAUAACCUUUUCUAGUUUAAGGUACGACAGGCCUUUCACUUCCUCAGAGAUUAUUGAUUAGAAGAGAUCCUCUAAUAGUGGAAAGUGAUACAAAGAAACUAAUUCUAUAUUAGAACAAAGAUGACUCUCAUAUUUAUGAAAAUGGAGACUUACUUGAACAUGAGAGUAUAAAUGUAGACAAAGUUACGCUAGAUGAUUUUGAAUUUGAACUUUUGCUCGGCAAGGGAACUUAUUGCACUGUUUUCAAGACUAAAUUUAAGCCAAAUUAAAAAAAUUAUGCACUCAAAAAGCUCGACAAAAAAUACAUAAUAAAAAACAAAAAGUAAAAAGAUCUUAUCUAAGAAAAGAAACUUCUGAUGUAAAUGAAUCAUCCGAAUAUCGUCAAACUAUACUAAACAUUCCAGGAUGAUAAUUAUGUUUAUUUUAUGUAUGAAUACGUGAAGAGAGGUACUUUAGCAAGAAUGAUUAGGAAAUUUAAACAUUAAUUUCCAUUAGAGUUGGCUAGAUUUUAUGCGGCUGAGAUAGUUUAAACUCUAUAACAAUUAAAAUUAAAUAGUAUUGUUCAUAGGGAUUUAUAAUCUUAAAACAUUCUUAUUGAUCGUGAUUACCAUGUCAAAAUCUGUGAUUUCGGUGAUGCAUUGAAAAUCUCAGAAAUAGAUAUUUUGAAUUAAACUCGUUAAAGCCACCUAUCUCUUGCCAGUUAAUAAGGAAAUUUUGUUGGUUCAAUAUUUUAUGCCCCACCUGAGCUGAUUGAAGAUAAUUAUACUACCUUUGCCUCUGAUCUUUGGUCAUUAGGAGUUUUAAUAUAUGAAAUGGUAGUCGGAGAACUGCCUUUUAAAAGUGAUUAGGUCUGGGAGACAAUGCAAAAAAUUACAAAUAUGGAAUAUAGAUUUCCUGUAGGAAUAGAUCUCCUGACUCAGGAUCUUAUCAAAUAGUUAUUAUAACGAGAACCUAAUCUUCGAUUAGGAGCUGGUUUAAAGGGCUCCUCCAAUGACUUAAAUGCUUUAAAAAGACAUCCAUUUUUCAGCGGGAUAGACUUUGAUAAUCUUUAUAGGCAACCUCCACCAAUUAAGAAAAAUAGAGAUUAGUCUCCUUUUUAAACAUUCCAAACAUGCGAAACGGAAAGAUCGGAUAACAGAUCAAAUGGCUCUGCAACAAGGACAAAGAGUUACAAUUAAUAAGUAGUCGAAGAGGUUGCAACUUUUGGUAAAUUAGCUAGGACUGAAUCCGAGGUUAAUAUAAUUACAUUGAAAAAAAGACGAGAUACAAAACUACCUCCAAAAACAAAUACUUUUUUUUCUCCGCCAUCUAUUAGGAGUCAGGUUCGAGACAAUAUGUUAAAUAUAAAAGAAAUUAAAAGAGGCUAGCUCAAGAAAAAGAAUAGAUUUUUCAUUAAUCAGAUAAGGAUAUUUGUUUUAACUAGUGAACCUAGAUUGAAAUACUAUAAGAAUGCGAAUGAUUUUAGAGGUGAAAUACCCUUGACUUAAGAAGUAUCAGCCGAACUUCUUAAGGAUGGAUCAUUCAAAUUAUAAACACCACGCAAAAUGUAUAUUAUGAAAGAAACUGAACCUGGUGAUGCCCAAGACUGGGUAGUAAAUAUCAAUAAAGCUGUGAAGUUAUAUAGUUAAAAUCUAACAAGGUGA